CUCCUCUCGCCGCGAUCGGGCGGCGGAAAUGAGCGUUGGCGGCGAUGGUGGCGAAGAAGGUGCAGACUCCCCCGCCGCAGCCGCCGCAUGCUCAGGACCACCGCCCCGAAUGCCGGGCCGUCAGGCCCCGCGGGAGCCGCCGGUGGCGCCAUGGGGGCGGCGGCGGCGGCGGCACCGGGACCGCCGCGGUCGCGGUGGCCGCGCUCCUGAUCUCCACCGCCGCGUGGCUCGCGCUCGUCUUCUCCGGCACCACGGCCCGCUGCUGGCAACGGUUGACGCAUUUUGAAGGCAGUCCUCGUUCCGUCUCGUGGCGGGGCCAUUACUCCUCCUCCGAUCGCCAUUACCCCGCUUCGUCUUCCUCGCCGCCGCCUCGUCCGGCGUCUCGCAAUGGCAGCCUCUCGGGAGCGAAGCCGAUCGCGGAGGAGUUGAUGCUGAACCACAUACUUUUCGGAAUCGCUGGAUCGUCGCGGUUGUGGAAGCGUCGGAAGGAGUACGUGAGGCUCUGGUGGCGACCUGAGGAAAUGCGCGGCCACGUGUGGCUGGACGAGCAAGUGACUCACGACGACGAUUCGCUGCCCCCGGUCAUGGUCUCGGAGGACAUCUCUCGCUUUCGCUACACAAACCCUACCGGCCACCCUUCCGGCCUCCGGAUCGCUCGUGUCGUGGCGGAGAGCUUCCGCCUGGGGUUGCCGGAUGUGCGGUGGUUUGUCCUAGGAGACGAUGACACUAUCUUUAAUGUCAAUAACCUUGUAGCUGUUCUUAGCAAGUAUGAUUGGUCUGAGAUGGUUUACAUUGGCGCUCCUUCGGAGAGUCACUCGGCGAAUACUUACUUUAGCCACAAUAUGGCGUUUGGCGGUGGUGGGAUUGCGAUUAGUUAUGCAUUGGCCGAUGCAUUGUCCAAAAUUCAGGAUGAGUGUCUGGAGAGGUACCCCAAGCUGUAUGGGAGUGAUGAUAGGCUUCACGCUUGCAUUUCUGAAAUUGGCGUUCCCUUGACGAGGGAAAGCGGCUUCCACCAGUGGGAUAUCCGCGGUAAUGCACAUGGCCUUUUGUCAUCUCAUCCGAUUGCGCCCUUUGUUUCAAUUCACCAUGUGGAAGCCGUGGAUCCAUUUUAUCCUGGGUUGAGCCCUUUGGAGAGCUUGAAGCUAUUCACGAAGGCAAUGAAGUCAGAACCUAGGAGCUUUUUGCAGCGGUCGAUCUGUUAUGACCAGGCACAUCAUCUCACAUUUUCGGUGUCGCUGGGUUACGCUGUUCAAGUGUUCCCAAACAUUGUGUAUCCCCGUGACUUGGAGCGGUCGGAGCAGACUUAUGUUGCCUGGAAUAGGAUCAGUCAAAGUAGUGAGUUUGACUUGGAUACUAGGAAUUCAUUAAGGUCCCUCUGCAAAAAACCAAUCCUGUUUUUCUUGAAAGAUAUAGGAAGAAGAGGGGAUGCUAUUGUGGGCACAUAUAUGCAAGAAAGAGGAAUAGAUGAUCUGAAAAGGAGAGUGUUUUGCUUUCUGCGGUCACCUCCCCUGCGUAAUGUGCAGAUUAUCAAGGUCUUAAGUUAUCCACUGAAAAAGAAUUGGCAUCUGGUACCGCGUCGAUUAUGUUGCCAGACAGAUGAAAUUAGGGGCGACACUCUCAGUUUGACUGUGGGCCAAUGUGAGAGUAGAGCUUUACAUUCCAUCAUUUGAUAAUGUGUGACUGGUAUGUGGCGGCGCUUGGUCUAGGGACCUCUUGUCGAGUUAAAGAAUUGAGUAGAGAAGCUGGAUCCUAUAAUGACCUUCCAGAGAUUCAACCGCCUCUGACUUUUCAUGGAUUAACAAUUACUGACUUCGGGUCUGUUAAUUACCUGCUUAGCAAGGUGCAGUCCAUGUAUGAGGCUGAUUUGUUCUAUGCAGUUAACUUGAUUGAGUUGAAGAUGGUUGUGCGAGCACUUAUCUCCGGAUUACAUUCUUUGCCUUCAUUUUGCUAAGAAGGUUGUACGAUGAUAAAUGAAGAUUUAGCAUUUCGAAAUUGAAA